GGCUGGCCACCUGCAGCGAGCUGACCCUAACUUCAGCUCCAUCUCUACAACGAAGUGACUCCAGGAAGAGCCGGCGCCAGGCUGCAACUGGCAUCCUCCAGGACUGCUACCAAUCAGCACAAAAUGCCGCUGCGCACCUCCUCCACGGCCUGUCCGAUGGUGAGGAAACAAGCAGGGAGUUUGCCCACCCACUCACCGUGCGGUUGAAAGUGUCCAGCUACUCUCCCCGUGACGGCCGGGAUCAGGCAGAGGAUGAGCGGAAGCGAAUUGAAGGUUUCGUCCAGGCUCUUCGGGUAGGUGACUUCCGAAAAGUCGUCGACUUUGCUGAAGAGGGUGUUGACCUGACGCUGCGAACCCUGCGGGGUCAGGACGUCGUGAUGUUGGCGGCGGCAUCCAAGAGUUCUGCCACAGUCAGCUGUCUGCGUUUCCUCCUGGAUGCCAAAAUGGGCAUUGAGAACAAGGACUGCCUUGGCUGGACGCCCCUGUCCCACGCCUGCCGAAACAGCGCCACGCAGGCUGCUGAAUUCCUACUGCAGCAGCGGGCUGCUGUGGACACACAGGAUGUGGCGGGCCGCACACCUCUCAUGCUAGCUUGCAUGGAUGCUUCUGCAGAGAUCCCGCCCUUGCUUCUGGAGGCCGGGGCUCAGAUCAUCCUACAGGAUCGACGCCAGUGGACCGCACUUUUUUAUGCUGCAGAGCGCGGGAAGCAGGAGGUUGUGAAGUUUCUCUUGCGCAAGCAUGCCACACCUCAACAAACUACGUCUGAAGGCAUCUCAGCCCUGAUGAUUGCUGCAGUGCGGGGGAACACCAUGGCCGCCAAGCAGCUCAUUCGGCGACAAGCGAACCUCAACGAGGUCGAGAAGAAUGGGAACACGGCGUUGAUGUUGGCCCUUGCCGCAGCCCAGCAGGACCUGGUCGCCUGGCUGCUGCAGGAGGAUGUGGAUGUGGACAUCAGUAAUGCGAUUGGGGAGACUGCCUAUGACAUCGCGGCAGAACAAGGCUUCAACUCUUUGAAGAACACGAUCGUCAUGAUCUCGCGCAUCCGAGAGGAGGCACGGCGCAAGGCGGCUUUGGCUGCAGCUGCAGCGGAGGCAGCAAAGUACAUGGAGGACUGA